GCCAAACCGCAAUACUUUAGUGCUAGAGUGAAAUAUCGUUCGUCCUCCAUGAAGAUGAAGAUCACAAAAAGGUUGUGAUGUAUUCCCUUUAACUGUAAACAGAGCGACACACAACAGCUGGCUUUUGACGCCAAGUAAUCAACGAUCAACGAACAUAAAAGACAUCGCAGCUUUCGUUUCUGUUAGAGAUGGAUACAACAGAGAAUCUUACAAACGCAACCCCAGAUGCACUCCAAACCGAAGAGUUUACAUCCGUAACCGAAAUUACCCCGGGAGUAACGAAUAUCGUUGCAGCGUUGUUUGUUGCUCUACAGAUGCCAGUUGCCCUUGGAGGAAACUUCAUCGUCAUUGCAAGCUUUUACACGUUUAGGGACCUGCGCACAAAGUGCAACUUUUUCAUUAUCUCUUUAGCAGUCAGCGAUAUUUUGGUUGCGUUGAUCGCCAUGCCUUUUUGGUUAACUCUCCAAAUAACCCAGAAUGUAUGGAUUUACGGUGACACGCUAAAACAAUUUUGGGACUGCAUGGACAUUCUGUGCGGAACAGCGUCUAUAAUGAACUUGACUGCGGUCAGUUUUGACCGACAGUUGGCGAUCACUUCUCCGUUUGCUUAUCCUAAAAUCUUGACGACACGGCGUGUUAUCUGUCUUAUAUUCUUUGUUUGGUGUUAUGCUGCAACCAUUUCAUGUUUGGUUCUUAUUUCAAGUGAUGAGCACGAAUGGCCGUAUCCCAAUUAUUUAUGGUUCGUAUCCGUCUUGAGUUUCUUUCUCCCUUUAGUCAUUAUGCUAGUUAUGUACGCUCGGAUUUACUUGGUAGCACGUUACCAAGCAAGGCAAAUAGGAAGAAACUACGCCACAGAUAUCAAAGCCGCAAAAACGAUUGCGGUUGUGAUAGGUGGAUUUGUUAUCUGCUGGCUCCCGUUCUUUAUAGUAGUUUUAUCUUAUGCAAAUCGCACGAAUAUUCCUCUCAGUUUCCUAAACGUAGUCAAGUGGUUGGAAUAUUUAAAUAGUUGUCUGAAUCCAGUAAUUUACACCUGUUUAAACCGCACUUAUCGUAGCGCUUUUAAAAAAUUGCUUCGUCGCUGUCGUUCGAAAAUCAAGAGGGAUCAAAGAGAACAGUCAAAGAGUAACACCAUGUCAACCAUUUCGCCCAUCGUUUCGAUAGGCGAAACACUAGCACCGUUAACUCUUGUGGAACGAGAAUGUUUUUCCAAUCCAAACGAACCCAAAAGCCCAACUGCUAGGACAAAUGACGAUGUCAGUGAAAACAUUCCUCUGAAAGUAACUGGUCCUAGCUAAGUAUGGCACUCCGGCUGACGGUGCAAGCCUGAAUCGGCCCUUUCAUCCAAACUAAACACGAAAGAGUGACAUAUAAACGAACUAAUGGCAAAUAUGAAAAUAUGACAUACUAGAGAAUACAGCUUUGGCUCUCAAGGACUGUCAUCCUCUCCAAUUGAAUUUAGAGGCCUUAAAAGUUUAUUUCAAUAUUUGAGCAAUCUUCUACUUUGAUUCUGUUCAGUACUUCCUAAUUAUAAAUGUACUCGUUGCUUUUAACGAGCGCGAUUAAAAACCGAAGAUGAAAGUAUACACGUUAUCCUAGUAAUUGAGCAGUGUGUUAGGACGCUGAACGCUUCUUGUCUGCGUUGUUCUAAAGAACGCGUCAUUUCGGGGAGAUGGUUCAUUUUCUUGUGGAAAAAAGUCAACAUACAAGUGUAAUUGAAGUGAAUGUUUGUCUUGUACACGGUUGUACUCGUUGUGAAACAAAUAAUUGCAUCAAUAGAGACCAUGACGGUAAUUACUUUAGAGACUGCUAGGAAUUGAGUGCUGAGAUGUAGCUGAAAAUUCUUUAAAAAGGUUUCUGCAAUCGGUAAAGGAGAUAACGAGGAUAUGUUUACUUUCAUGUUUCUUCAUCUUCGUUUUAUUUCCAGUGUAAUUAAAUGA